GACGCCAAGGUCCGCAAGGUUUUACCUCGUUCCAAAAUACUGGAACUAAACCCACGCGACAUUUACGUUGGCAUGGAGCGUGUUGGCAGCGGUGCAAACGGAGCAGUGAUCAGCGCCAGCAAACGAUCGAGUAAGAAGGCGCAGGUGGCGAUAAAGCGCUGCUACAUUGAAGACCACGACACGCAUCACCAUACAUAUAUUCUGCGCGAGCUGCGUAUCAUGGGCUGCAUGUCGCAUCCCAAUUUGAUCCAACUGACGGAAGCCUGUAUGUGGGGCGACUAUCUUUGGAUGGCCAUGGAGCUCAUGACGUGCUCCGUCUUUGGCUUACUCUUCAAUGUCAGUGUCGGUCUGCCGGAAAGCUAUGCCGUUCGCAUUGCCCAUGAGUGUCUGGAAGGGUUGGUUUAUCUUCAUGCACGCAACUACAUGCAUCGAGAUGUAAAGUGCGAAAACAUCUUGCUGAGCCGCAGUGGCCAAGUCAAGCUCGCUGACUUUGGACUUGCAACGCCUUUGAACAAGACCAAUUCUGCGCGAUUGGGCACUGCCAAGUGGAUGGCUCCAGAAGUGGUCUCAGAAACGCCUUAUACAGAAAACGUUGAUGUCUGGUCACUCGCCAUCACCAUCAUUGAAAUGAUGGAUCGUGUGCCGCCACUUUACUAUCUGGAUGGCAACCGUGAGAUCUUUGCAGAGAUCCUAUGCGGCCAGCAGCCAAACUUUAAUUUCACCAUGCCUUCGCCUGCCAUGGCGGAGCUCAUCAGUUGGAUGUUGCAUCCUGAUGGAAAACGCCGGCCAGGCGCCAAAUGCGUAUUAACGGUACGUUUCCUUUGCAAUCUUAUUGGCCUGUUAAACUUGUUUUCUUAUUCGCGGGAUAUAUAUAUAUAUAAUAUAUAG